UGUAUAAGACUGUUGCCCUCUGCAGCUGUUGUUUCAGUUUUGUCCGGUUGCAGAGCAACUGUGUCUGUUUUACUUCACUCUACACUCAGCACACCUGAGCAAUACACACUCCACUCAGUCAUGGGUGUCUACCACAAGGAGUUCGAGCAGGCCGGUAAGAGCACAGGUCUGCAGAUCUGGAGGAUUGAAAGUAUGGAACUGGCUCCAGUGCCUGAAAGCCUGCAUGGCGCUUUCUAUGUGGGAGAUGCCUACCUUGUCCUACGCACUGUUAAACAGAAGGAUGUCUGCUUCUAUGAUCUGCACUUCUGGCUGGGUAAAGAGUGCACUCAGGAUGAAAGUACAGCUGCAGCUAUCUUCACUGUACAACUGGAUGACUAUCUGGGGGGUAAACCAGUUCAGUACCGUGAACUCCAGGGCUAUGAAUCCACUGCUUUCACUAGCUACUUCAAAGGAGGGAUCACAUACAAAGCAGGCGGUGUGUCGUCAGGGUUCCAGCACGUGGUCACCAAUGAUCUCUCUGCCAAGCGGCUCUUCCACAUCAAGGGCCGGCGAGUGGUCAGGGCCACGGAGGUGCCUUUGGACUGGAACAGCUUCAACAAGGGCGACUGCUUCAUAGUGGACCUGGGCGCGGUUAUCUACCAGUGGUGUGGUUCCAAGAGCAACAAGUUUGAGCGACUGAAGGCAGCCCAGGUGGCCACUGGUAUUCGCGAUAACGAGCGAAAUGGCAGAGCUCAGCUUGUGAUUGUGGAGGAAGAACAUGAACCAGGGGAGCUGAUCAAGGUUCUUGGUGAUAAGCCAACCCUGCCAGAUGGUGAUGAUAGUGAUGACAUUGUGGCUGAUAUAUCUAACAGGAAAAUGGCGAAACUUUACAUGGUAUCUGAUGCCACUGGAAAAAUGCAAGUGUCACUUGUAUCAGAAGAGAAUCCCUUCUCUCAGACUCAUCUCUUGUCUGAUGAAUGUUUUAUUUUGGAUCAUGGCAAGAGCAAGAUGAUCUAUGUAUGGAAAGGCCGAAAUGCAAACCCCAAUGAGAGAAAAGAGGCCAUGAAGACAGCUGAGGGCUUCAUCCAACAGAUGGGCUAUCCUGCAAACACACAGAUCCAGGUUCUUCCAGAGGGAGGGGAGACGCCCAUCUUUAAGCAGUUUUUUAAGGACUGGAAGGAAAAGAACCAGAGCGAGGGUCUGGGCAGAGUCUAUGUGACUGAGCGGAUUGCGAAGAUCCAACAGGUUGAGUUUGACGCCUCCAAGCUUCAUGAGUCUCAGCAAAUGGCAGCACAGUACAACAUGGUGGAUGAUGGCACUGGAGAAACACAGAUAUGGAGGGUAGAGACGGGCAGUAAAGGAGAGAGCAAAGUACCUACUGAUCCAAAGACCUACGGGCAAUUCUAUGGUGGAGACUGCUAUAUUAUUUUAUAUACAUACAAAAGAGGACAGAUUAUCUACACCUGGCAGGGCUCCAGCAGCACAAUAGAUGAGCUGACUGCUUCGGCCUUCCUAACUGUGGAACUGGACCGCUCGCUUGGCGGAAACGCUGUCCAGGUGCGUGUGACCCAGGGGAAAGAGCCAGCGCAUCUGUUAAGUCUUUUCAAAGCCAAGCCACUGGUGGUCUAUAAGAAUGGGACAUCCAGGGAGGGGGGACAGGCUCCUCCGGCCCUGACCCGCCUCUUUCAAGUGCGCAGAAACCUGGGCACAAUCACACGCAUCUCUGAGGUUGAUGCCAAAGCAUCCUGUCUGAACUCCAAUGAUGCCUACCUGCUGAAGAUGCCUGAGGGGGAAGCAUAUAUGUGGGUGGGGAAGGGGGCCAGUGAAGAAGAGGAGCAUGGAGCAGAAUACAUGAGUGAGCUACUGCAGUGUGGGACAAAGCACAUCACAGAGGGACAGGAGCCAGAGGGUUUCUGGAAAGCUCUGGGUGGAAAGACUGAGUACCAGACAUCAGAGAGGCUGGAGAGCAAAACCAUCAUGCAUACUCCUCGCAUGUUUGCCUGCUCCAACAAAACAGGCAGAUUUAUUAUUGAAGAGGUGCCAGGUGAGUUCACCCAGGACGACCUGGCAGAAGAUGAUGUCAUGCUACUGGACGUCUGGGAUCAGGUGUUUAUCUGGAUUGGAAAGGAUGCCAACGAAGUGGAGAAAACUGAAUCAGUAAAAUCUGCUAAGAUGUAUAUUGACACAGACCCAUCAGGAAGGGAUAAGGGAACACCUGUGGUGAUCGUGAAACAAGGCCAUGAGCCCCCUACCUUCACAGGCUGGUUCCUGGGGUGGGACUUCUCCAGGUGGGAGACAGAUCCUGGACAAGCGCAGUGAAGGUCACACUGAAGGUCAACCGGGGGCUGCAGGAAACUCAGGGAAGUUAGCUGGCAACUUAGAGAUUCGACACCUUUAGUUACAUAAAGAUGCACUUUGUUGACAGAAUGCUGCAGCUGAAUUGCCAAAUAUAUUUGAAGUUUCAUUAAGACACCCAUUAGAUUAUCCUCCCAGCCAUAUAUUGCAGAACAGCCAUCUUAUGAACUGGUUCUGAAAUUUAUAUGAACAUUUUUAUUUUUAUUAUACCCGUUUUUAUUAAGUUCAAAUUUUUUACUGAAUGUGCAUGCAUGUUUUUCUCGAUAUUACUUUGUAUGCAUUCUGAAACCACAACUAAUACAAUGUUUAUGCUUGAUAAAUGAUGUUUGAUGUGUAUUGUCUGUUUUCCUUAUUGUAAGACUGUGGGUAGGAAGUAGCUACAUUAAUUCUGUUGCUUGUGCUUGAAUAAAAAAUGGUGGAUUUGUACCUUUA